AUGUACUGUGAAAUAUCAGAAGGGAUACCUAAUAAAAGAAAACAGAAUCCUCCUAAAGUGGUAAAACCAGAAGAAAAAGAAAAAGAGAAAGAGAUAAAAGUGACUGAAAAAAUUGAAAUCUAUUACUUUGAUCACGGGAAUUCUGCGUACUAUCGUACCACGGAUUCACCGCCGAUACUGGCAACUGAAAAAUGUGCCGAGAAGACUGAUCAGGCAGCAACACGCUUCUGGGCUGAAAUAUUUGGAACAAUUCAUAUAGGCACCGCUUUCGUAACAGCAUUUAUUUUACAAUUCCUCCGAUUCAUACUUUACAGCGUAAUCAGACCCCUGACUGUGGGCAUCUUGCAACUGUUGGCAGAUUACUUCAUAAAGCCUCUUCUGUCCAUCAUAUUCAAUGCUUUGAUACAACCAGUACUGAUACUGUUAUACAACAUUGCAACCUCUUUAAGGGAUCUUUGCGAACCUAUCGCAGAGGCCAUGGGUCUGUUCUUACGCGAACUUGCUAAUGUCUGUGCGGCAAUUAGAAUUGUGGAAGUUAAACAGGGUACUGCUCCUUCAGCUGUUUGCACUUGAUCGGUACAUGUAAGCAAAUUCGUUAAAAAAAAAAAAAAAAAAUGAACAAAGAAAUAAUCCGUGGUUCUGUUUUCAUUAUUUAGGAUUCAGAAGGAUGGAACAAGGUUGAACAAUGUACCUUUAUAUUGGUUAGACAGAUGAAAUCAUUGCAUUCUUCAUGGUCCAAGCUUAUCCUCUGGAUGCUUCUUAAUAAUAAGAAUAAUUCUUAUUAUAAAACUACAAAGUAAGUUGAAGCUGUUUCAGCUGGUAACUGAUAUCCUUCUUAACGUUUCCUUUGCAAAAUAGGGUGAUAUUCAAUUAAAAAGAAACUGAAAAUGACCUAGGAACAGCUCGAACGCGGCUGUUCGAGUUUCAACGAAUAUAACACAUGCCUUAACACCAGGUAUAUAUUUGGUAUUACUUGUAACUUUACAAUAUUAUUAUCGUUUCAUUCAUUUUUGUUAUAUUUUGUUUGUUUUUUUCUUUUUU